AUGCCCAUUGCCACCGCCGCCAGCCCGACUCUGAGCGCUGCCUCUGCUGGCAGUUAUCUCAGAGCCUCCCCCGCCAACGUCGGCAUCAAAGCCAUUGAGAUUUACGUUCCCAACAGAUGUGUCGAUCAAUCCGACCUUGAGGCCCAUGAUGGUGCUGCACCGGGUAAAUAUGUCAUUGGCCUGGGACAGAAGCGCAUGGGUUUCUGCGACGACAGAGAGGACAUCUACUCCAUCACUCUGACUGCCGUAUCAUCUCUUCUCAAGAAAUACAACAUCCACCCCAACAGCAUCGGUCGCCUCGAAGUCGGCACAGAAACCCUCAUCGACAAGUCCAAGUCCGUCAAGAGUGUGCUCAUGCAGCUCUUCUCCGAGCACAACACCAAUAUCGAAGGCAUCGACACCAUCAACGCCUGCUACGGUGGAACUAAUGCACUGUUCAACGCUGCCAACUGGGUCGAGUCGUCUUCGUGGGACGGUCGCGAUGCUAUCGUUGUCGCAGGAGACAUCGCCAUCUACGGCCGUGGAGCUGCGAGACCAACUGGUGGUGCUGGCGCUGUCGCGAUGCUGGUCGGGCCUAAUGCACCUCUUGCUCUGCAGCCCGUUCGGGGCAGCUUCAUGAAGCAUGUGUAUGACUUUUACAAGCCGAACCUGCAGAGUGAGUAUCCCAUUGUGCAGGGACACUAUUCUCUCGAGUGCUACACCCGGGCUAUCGAUGCGUGCUACAAGGCGUACAAGGAGCGGGAGCAGGCAUUUUCCACUCUGGAGGAUGCUGAAGAAAAGGAAAAGACCAUCGAGGAUCGCUUCGACUUCAUGUGCUUUCACUCGCCCACAGCCAAACUGGUCUCCAAGUCCUUUGCACGACUCGCAUACAACGACUUCAAAGCCCAGCCAGACGCACCACAGUUCGCCAACAUCGACCCUGCCCUGAAGGAUAUGGCCUACGAUGCCUCUCUCACCGAUCGCACCGUUGAAAAAGCCUUCAUGUCGUACACCACCAAGACCUUCCAGCAGCGCGUGGCUCCUGCGAUGAUGGGCCCGACUCAGUGCGGCAACAUGUACACUGCCAGUCUGUACUCUGGCCUGGCCAGUCUUCUCAGCAAUGUCAACUCGAAGGAUCUGAUGGGCAAGAAUGUCGGCAUGUUCAGCUAUGGAUCGGGUCUUGCCAGUACGCUGUUCUCGCUGCAGGUGGUGGGCGAUACCACCCAGAUGCAGUCUGCGUUGAACUUUAACGAGCGCCUGGACAAGCGGAUUGUUGCAUCGCCGACUGAGUAUGAAAAGGCCAUGUGGUUGCGAGAGAAGAUCCACCUGCAGAACAAUUACACUCUGUACGGCGACAUUUCCCACCUCCUGCCGGGCACAUACUAUCUCACCAAGAUCGACCAGGACUACCAGCGCCACUAUGAGAUUGCCUGA